AUGAGCGUUUUGCUAGAGACCUCCUUAGGCGAGAUCGUCAUAGACCUCCUCGUCGACAGUGCACCAAAAUGCUGUGAAAACUUUUUGAAGCUGUGCAAAGUCAAAUACUACAACUUUUCUCCGGUGCACACUGUUCAGAAAGGUUUCUCAUGUCAGACGGGAGAUCCUCUGGGUCCAGACUCACCCGAAAGUGACGGGGGUAGCUCAAUAUGGGGACUUCUGUCCGGGCCUUCGAAGAAAAACUUUAUAGCCGAGAUCGAUCCCAAGGUCAAACAUACCGAGCGGGGGACGGUCAGUAUGGCUACGGUGCCUUCAACCCAAGAUGAAGAUCAGCGGCUCGCAGGGAGCCAAUUCAUCAUCACCCUUGGCGACAACAUCGACUAUCUUGAUGGCAGAGCCGCUCCCUUCGGCACGGUUGUGGAAGGGUUUGACACCCUCGAAAAAAUUAACGAUGCUUUCACAGACUCUAAUGGCCGACCCUUAAAGGAUAUCCGCAUACGGCACACAAUCAUACUGGAAGAUCCAUAUGACGACCCACCCGGACUGAUUGUUCCGGACAAGAGUCCUGCUCCGACCAAAGCACAGCUGGCUACAGUGAUGAUAGCGGAUGAUGAAGAAUUGGAUGAAGAAGUGGAUGAGAUGGCGAUGGAAAAGUUACGCAGGGAGCGAGAAGCGCGUGCUCAGGCGUUGACUCUUGAAAUGGUUGGCGAUCUUCCGUUUGCAGAAGUCAAGCCUCCCGAGAAUGUUCUAUUUGUUUGCAAGCUGAACCCGGUCACACAGGACGAUGAUCUCGAGUUGAUCUUCAGUCGAUUUGGUAAGAUUCUGUCGUGUGAGGUAAUUAGGGACAAACGCACGGGCGACAGUCUUCAGUACGCAUUUAUUGAGUUUGAAAACCAAAAAGACUGUGAACAGGCAUAUUUCAAGAUGCAGGGUGUUCUGAUUGACGAUCAUCGCAUUCAUGUGGACUUCUCCCAGAGCGUCUCGAAGCUCUCCGAUACCUGGCGAAAUGCAACCAACUCCAAAAGAGCACGUCAAUCUGGAGGAUUUGGUGGAAUCGCCAGUCUCGAAAAGCGACGCCACUAUCGGGAACAAGACGGUCAGAGUCGAGGUGAUCGGGACUACAGAAUGGUCUUUGACAAGGAAGAUAUUCAACGAACCAGAGAUUCUCGCCGGGCAGACGAACCACGUAGACCCCGAAGUCGAAGCUGGAGCCCGCGAUAUGAGAGGAGACAUCCAAGGGAUGACGAAUCAGACGGAAGAAGGAGACACCAUGACGUGUAUCGAGAUAGAUACAAUGAUAGAUAUGACAGCAGAGACCGCGAAAGGCUGCCUAGGCGACGUGAACCCGACAGGGUGGAGCGAGACAGAUGCCGAGGCGGAUACCGAGACAGAGAGAGAGACUCAGAUAGACGGGGAGACUCAUAUCGGUCUGGCUCAUGA